GCGCAACAACGCAGAAUGCAUAUCAGGUUAUAAGCACUACGCCAUUUUUCUCACUUGUCAUUUUUGCGGAUUAUCCGAAUGGAGGGGGGAAAUGCGAAGGGGGCCACGAAGGUGCUCUGGCACACCCGCGGCCAUAAAUAAAACCUCGCUCUGCUGAACGUUGCAAAUGUGAAGCAUAAUUUCCAAGUGGGACACCGCCAUGUUGGGUACCGCAAAAAAGCUUAACGCCUGAGCAGCGCUCUUUUCACCGCCUCUUAACCCCCGUGAUGUUCCCGCUCUGAGGAAGAACCUUUAGAGGUGCCAACGCUUUUUUUUUUCUUCUUCCUUUUCUUCUUCACCCCUCAGCUUUAACAUGUUCCUCGCCAAAACGUUUUUCUUCUCACCACGAAAUAGUACCCAUUAUAUGACCAUAUAAACACUACGUGAAGAAAAAAAAAAAAAAACUGCUAAAUUGGAAAAGAUGGUUUUCGGAAGCCCUUUCAGUGACACCUACCCCAAGUUCAUCUGGAAAUCGCUUAGCAAGAGUAGGAAGGGCAAAGACAUUUUCAACCCCUUUUUCGUGGCCCUGAAUAAGACCAGAAUCUAUGACCACAUACUGAAGCAUAACAGCCGCUACUGGAUGUUCGUCGUAUCGGGCGGCUGCAUCACGUCUUACUUUUGGGGCGUAUGGUUUAACAACUUCUGGAAGAGGAUAAACAAGGGGAAACUUUACAUCGACUGCCCGUAUACCUACCCCGUGGAGGAAGACUGAAAUGUGCACGAGUUACUUCACCCCUUGUGGUAAGGCGUGCCCACAGUUUGCAUGUUGGCAGUGCGGCUAAGGACAACCAUGGGGGGGGAAGCCAAUCGGAGGUGCCAAUACCAAUUUGAAGGAAACAAAUAAAACAAACGGAAGAAUGGGGGGUAAACUAAUUAGCCCCUCGCUCUUUUUUUUUUUCGUUCGUCCCUGCACUUAUUGGAAGCGGCAUCGUGUGGGAUGUGUGCGUGUGGAUACACAUCGCGGUAUGCCCCUUUGUGUGCCAUCUUUUAAUCUACACACACGCUUCGCAAUGUUGGGGGUGGCGGAGGCUGUCUGCCUAAAGGGGGAAAGAUAAAUGCCCCUCCAAGUUUUGACCCACCACGCUGGAGUGAGCGCAUCAGUCGGGGGUAAACAAUCGACUGCGCCAGAAAAGGGGUAGACGCGCCGUACAGGUGAGCAGCCCAACACUGGCCACCUUCGCCACACCUCAUAAGCAAGCACAUCCUGUGCAGAAAAAUUAUGAACAGCUGGUCAGGCUAAAUAAACCAUUUUUAUUCUCA